AUAUGGGGCUGGAGUGGAAGGCGGCCUGUUGCUAGGGGCGGUACCGGCACUUUUCAGACGGUUGCCAACCGAGGCUGGGGCGGGGCGGCGGCUUCCUUCACUACGCGGAAGUGCGAGUAGGUACACGGGGACGUGGAGGUGAAGUGAAACGAAACUUGUGAGAUUCAGCAACGAGCCCCGGGGGAGUCCACGCUGGCAGCGAUGAAUGAGCAUCAAGCGGCGGCGGGAGGUGACAGUCCGGCCCCAUCAGUUGGAGAUGCCGUCGGCAAGAGGAAAGUAGCCAUCAUCACCGGCAUCACUGGACAGGAUGGCUCGUAUUUGGCAGAAUUCCUCUUGCAAAAGGGCUAUGAGGUGCAUGGCAUUAUACGACGAUCUAGUUCUUUCAACACUGGGCGUAUAGAGCAUUUGUACAAGAAUCCUCGCACACACAUAGAAGGGAACAUGAGGCUGCACUAUGGGGACCUCACUGAUAGCACAUGUCUAGUUAAGAUCAUUAAUGAAGUGAAACCCACUGAAAUCUAUAACCUGGGUGCACAGAGCCAUGUUAAAAUCUCCUUUGAUCUAGCAGAGUAUACAGCGGAUGUUGAUGGUGUUGGGACUCUUAGACUUCUGGAUGCCAUUAAAACCUGUGGCCUUAUAAAUACAGUGAAGUUCUAUCAAGCCUCAACCAGUGAACUGUUUGGCAAAGUACAGGAAAUUCCACAAAAGGAGACUACCCCUUUCUACCCUCGGUCACCAUAUGGAGCAGCCAAGCUUUACGCCUACUGGAUUGUAGUGAACUUCAGGGAGGCUUACAAUCUUUUUGCUGUCAAUGGCAUUCUUUUCAAUCAUGAAAGUCCGAGAAGAGGGUCUAAUUUUGUUACUCGGAAAAUUAGCCGGUCAGUGGCUAAGAUUCACCUCAGACAGCUGGAUUGUUUUAGCUUGGGCAAUCUGGAUGCCAAGAGAGAUUGGGGUCAUGCCAAGGAUUACAUUGAGGCAAUGUGGUUAAUGGUGCAACAGGAUGAACCAGAGGAUUUUAUAAUAGCUACAGGAGAGGUGCACAGCGUUCGAGAAUUUGUUGAAAAAGCCUUCAAAUACAUUGAGAGAACCAUUGUAUGGGAAGGUGAAGGUGCAAACGAAGUAGGAAGGUGCAAGGAAACAGGCCAAAUCCACGUGAGGGUGGAUCCCAAGUACUACAGGCCGACUGAAGUGGAUUUUCUGCAAGGAGACAGCAGCAAAGCGCUGCAGAAAUUGGGAUGGAAGCCAAAAGUUGCAUUUGACGAACUGGUCAGGGAGAUGGUAGAGGCUGAUAUUGAGCUGAUGAAGAAUAAUCCAAACGCUUGAGGCCGGAUACCAUUCCACACACGCCAGAGCCGCAAGAUUUCUUCAUGAAACAGUGGGUGCAAUGCAGUAAUGAAAAAGGAGAAAUCCACAAAGGACCAAGGGAACAUGAUUCACAUAAAAAAAACGAUGCUUUUAAAAACAAAGGGUAUUAAAUGAUGUGAUCUUACAAGACAACUCAAACGACAUAAAUGAUUGGUGAUGUGGGACUAGCUGAUGGGAAUAAUGUUCAAUAAUGGAAGUGAUUUUUUAAAACUGCCUUUCAUAUUGUAGACGGGAGAGGGACAACGGUUUUGUACGUUUCUGUCUUUGAAUAAGGUUCUGUCUUAAACCUGACGUGUUACUGAAAGUAAUUCUGCCUAUUAAAACACGUAGGUGCGGGGUUUUAACAGUU